UGACUGACACACACACACUGUGGGAGCUGAACUGGGAACUGAAACACAUUUACACACUUCAGAAAGCCUGUGAUGUUGAAAUGAAGAUUGAUGAAAAAAUUGUCACCUAUUUUGAAUCUUGCAACUCACCUGUGGACAAGGAGGGGUACUUGUACAAGAAGGGUGAGAUAAAGACUUCCUAUCAGAAGCGCUGGUUUGUGCUGAAGGGGAACCUCCUCUUCUACAAGGACCGGCCCGCUGACCGAGACCUGAUUGGAGUGAUUGUUCUGGAGGGCUGCACCGUCCAGCUGUGCGAGUCCGAGGAGCAGUUCGCCUUCUCGUUGGUGUGGAGUGAGCCGGGCCUGCGAACUUACAAGUUUGCUGCAGAGGACGAGGCCAGUCAGGAGAGCUGGGUCAAAGCCCUGCUCUCGGCCAACCACAGCUACCUGGCCCUGCUCGUGAUGGACAUGGAGAAGAAGUACAGAGACACAUUAGGUGCAUUCUCCAGUGAACCAUCCAACGCUUUUGUCAUGCCCAAUUUCAACACCACAGAGGCAGGACAUCCUGCAGCCUAUCAGAGAACGCAAACUUCGACUGUGCCUACGUAUCUAGCGCCACCUGCGGGAGCAGGUUCCAGUCUGAGCUCCAAUCCAAUGCUUCAGGCUCCGACUGUUUCAUCCAAAACAGCUAGUAAGAGAUCACCCAAACUGUGGCCCAAGAGAAAUGCAAAUGUGGUGCCUAUUAACACCCCUGCUCCACCCAUGGGGGAGUGGUCAGGGGUCUGCUUUGGCACCAUGGAGGACUUUAGUAAACUGCAUGAAGAUUUUGGAAAAGAAGUCAAGGAACUGAUUGCUAAUUGGUCAAAAAGAGGACAAGGAGGCGAAAAUGUUCAGGAAGAAAAUUUAAUACAUUUUUGAUAAUAAAUGUGUUGAAACCACUACAUUGAAUUCCAGUGACCAUGGCUGCAUUGCAAAGCUACUAUGUAAAUAGGAACAAGAAGUACAAAGAUAUUGUCAUGAUGUAUUUAAGAUUUAUCUGUAUAUAUUUGCAGUUGAAGAGCAAACUGUUUCUUUUUUACUUAUCUUGCCAUUGCGUCAUUAAAUGAUCUGUGAUCUACUGCU